AUUGUUUGAUUAGCAUCAUCAUUGUUUAUCGACACACUUCCAACACGGUUCAUCAAUGGCUAACCUUGGGGGUCUAAGACGCUCGGCUAACCGUAUAGCUGAAAAGUUCGUGCCUACUUCAGACUGGACUCAAGACGCCAAGGGCAAUUAUCUCUUUGUUGAUCUUCCAGGUUUCAAAAAGGAGGAGUUGAGACUUGAGCUUGCUUCCACUGGUCAUAUAAAGAUCAGUGGAGAAAGGGUAGUGAAUGAGAACAAAAGCAUAUAUUUCGAGGAAACCUUCGCAUUGCCUGAGAACUCAGAUAUGGACAACAUCAGUGGCAAAUUUGACGGUGAUUUUCUCCAUGUAACAGUCCCAAGGAGACCAGUAGUUGAAGAAAAAAAGCCAGAGGAUGAUGAGAUCACAAGGAAUGAAAAUGGCAAUCGCACUGGAGAAAAGACUAGUGUACAAGAAGAACCUAACAACAGCGGUGAAAAUGAUCAAAGUAAACAUGAAGGAGGACGUCGUGACAACGAGGAGAAAGGAGAUAUCAGCAAGGAAACUAAUUACCACCGUCUUCCAUUAGAGAUGGCGAUGAAGUUCCUUAAGAAGAAUAAGGGGGUUGUUCUUUCAGUUGUUAUAGCGUUUUCGAUUGGGAUGUUGGUGUGUCGAACGUUUGAAUCAAGUGCUGCUGAAUAACUCCGGAAGCAAUUUGAUUGGCGUUCAUGUCAGUAAAUGAACUUAAUUAUCCAUGAUGCAUGUAAAGAAUAUAAUAAAGCUGAAUUUCAAUUGA